AUGUCAUCGAUAAAAGGAGAUGUUCAGUUAUCUGUCCUCGAUAUUUGUCAGAAAGUGAUUUCGCUGAACAUUACACCACAGGAUGCAUUUGCGAAACUGGAAGAGCUACGGUCUUCCACAAUUCUAUUACCGUCUUUACUGCUAGAUGUCCUUGUAGCAAUAGAAGGUGAUGCUCAAAACAGCGAGAAUAAGGAGAAAGCGGUCUCGAAAUUUUCUGAAUUUGUAGGCUUGAUUUCUGAUCAGAUUAUCCCUGCUGAUAUUCUGAAGAUUGAACUGGAUGUACUCGAGGCAGCUCUUCCAGCAAAUAAACAACAGCUUGUUCGUUUAAAAACGAGAUUGUAUUACAAGCAGGCCAAGUUCAACCUAUUACGGGAAGAAAGUGAAGGUUAUGCUAAGUUGAUAACAGAACUCAUGGAUGCGGGAGGAGGCAUCCCUGCGAAAACUAUGAUGACAAGAGUUCUCUGCUUGAUUGGACAGUUUAACCUUGAUCCAAAUCGAGUAACGGAUAUAGCCCUGGAGUGUUUUGAAUGUUGUGCUUCACAAAAACAGUUCUACAUAUCGCUGCUGAAGGAGAUCAAAGCAAACAAAGACUACCUAUGUACUCUUCUUGGUUUCAAAUAUACUUUUUACCAUGCUGCUGGAAAAGAAACACCUUUCUCACUCUACGUCAUAACAUCAUCGUUGAUACGAGAGGACAUGAUAGAUUUGAUGAAAAUCACGGCUUUUAUGAUCCCUAAGGCAGAGGGGAUCAAGGAGACUCAUCGUGCCCGUGCUGCAAAAGCUGGAGAGAGGGCUAGAAAAGCAGAAACGAUCCUGGCUUCGAACAUUCCUUUAGAAGCAUCACGUAGUGCUAAUGUAGAUGCUAUGGAUACUAGUCAGUCGAUCGUUGGUGUGUCAUUUGCAACGGUAGCUGCGAUUCAAGAAGCAGAUGAUGCGAAAUUAGCUGCGGAGUUGAACGAAGAAAAGGUUUUGUCAACGAACCAAAAACUUGGACUGGUCUGUGCUCUUAUCGAGGAUGGCGCUUGGUCCCUGGCAAAGGUUCUUAUAGAUCGCCUCCCCGAGUACUACGCAGUGCAGGCCAGCACCCGUGUGAGCAAUGCUAUUUCCGAUCUGAUUGGUCAGUCAAUAGAAAAGUUUUACAUGGAGAAAUGCUCCAACAAACUGGAAGGAUUGAAUUUGAAUGUCAAGCGUGAGCCUGUUAAUACUGCUGUGGACCCUGUUCGCUCAUGGACUGAUUUGGCGUCGCUAACAUCCAUUCUAUGGUAUGUAGGACCACGAUUAGCCUAUCGACCUUUAGUCAUGACGAAACUCGUCCGUCUGGUCACUGCUUUUUUUCGAGAACAACCUAAAGGACCGGAUGGUGCGCCCGCGGAUUCACCAGUCGCUCGCAUAAUGAUGGAUAUUAUUGAUGAAGUUAUUGUGCCCGGAUUGUCGCUUUCCGAUUACAAUACCGGUUUGUCGGAGGAAAUUUGGACAUUAUUACAGUUCUUUCCUUAUACGUUGCGCUAUCGGCUGUAUGGACAUUGGAAGUAUUGCAACACUAUCCGCCAUCCAGAAGUAAAUAUCGUCAGAGGCAAGGUACUUGGUCGAACAAAAUACGUGCUGAAGCGACUGUCGAAAGAGACAGUGCGAGUGAUGGGUCGACAGUUGGGAAAACUAUGUCACAUUCAUCCGAUCACAGUGUUCGAUUAUUUACUUAGCCAGGUCCAAACAUUCGACAACUUGAUACAACCCGUCGUUGAAAGUUUGAAGUUUCUCACAAACCUUGAGUUUGAUAUUUUGACAUAUUGUAUUAUUGAGCAACUGGCAAGUCCUGACAAGCAACAACUUAAAGCGUCAGAUGGAAAAUUGAGCCCAUGGUUACAGGCACUUGCAACUUUGGUGGGAGCCACCUACAAGAAAUACAAUGUGGAGCUAGCAGGCAUGUUGAACUACGUCAUGAAUCAGCUAAGGAACGAGAAGAGCUUUGAUCUACUUGUUCUUCGUGAGGUCAUACAGAAUAUGGCUUGCAUAGAAGGCGUAGCGGGAGCUACAUCGGACCAGUUAGAGGCAUUAGGUGGAGGCGAAAUACUUAGACAAGAGGCAGGAAGUUUCACCAACGCUAGGAAUAAGAGGGCUUCGGCAAGAUUACGUGAUGCUGUCAUGAUGGGCGAUACAGCUAUCGCACUAUGUAUUCUAAUAGCACAGCAAAGGGAAUGCGUAGUCUAUAGGGAAAGUUCUCGCCUUCCUUUAAAGUUAAUCGGCGAAAUGGUCGAUCAAUGUCGUGACACUUUAUUACAACUCGGCACGUUUCUUCUGUCUAACGUUCGGCAAGAUGACUAUGCACAACGAAUCCCACCUGCUCAUAGUCUUGUUUUGGAUUACCACCUACGCAUCGAUGCAGCAAUGUACCUCACCCGGCCUACAUACCUUCCGAAGAUACAUUCUGCCUACGAUUCUGCAAAGCGUGCUAUGAAAACGGACAACGAAACGAAAAAAAUGGACGCCCAACAAAAGUUUGUUUUCUUCAAAUCAGCAUUUGAUGAUGUGAUCUCCAAGUUAAUCAAAGAACUCGAACCUUGUAUUCCUAAAUAUGUGUGCCGUGAUAUUCCUAUACGGCUUUUUGUCGUUUUCUGGAUAUUAUCAUCGUAUGAUAUCGAAGUGCCCACCACUGCAUAUGAAAGGGUCAUCGACAACAUUCGGAAACAAAUAAAAGAAGUUGCAGAAUCACCAGUUAUGAGCAAAUCCAAACGUCAGAAGGAGGAAGAGCGGUUACGUGGUCUUGAGAACAAGUUGAGGGAUGAAGAGAAGCGCCAAGCUGAGCAUGUUGCUCGAAUACGAGCAUGGUUUCAGAGCGUCAAAGAUGAUCUCUUUGAGGCUGGACGUGGUCAGCAAACAAGCGCCUUUAUUCAAACCUGUAUACUACCUCGAGUGUUGUUCUCCGAAUCAGAUGCGAUUUAUUCAGCGAAGCUUAUCAUCAUUCUGCACCAGCAAAGGAUUACGCUCUUCCAGUCAUUGGUGUUCAUAGACAAGCUGUUUAUCGAUGUGCUGCCGUUGAUAUGUGCACUAACGGAGAACGAAGCCAGUGCCAUGGGGACAUUCCUUCAAAUUUUGCUCAGUCACGCUCAGAGAUGGCACUCGGACAGUGCAAUUUUCGAAAAGGAGUGUGAAGGGUUUCCUGGAUUAGUCUCGAAAACACGACAAGAUAAAACAACGGAAAGUGUCAAUUACGAGAGUUUUAGACGGCUCUGCUUUAAAUGGCAGAUGCGAUUACACACUGCAUUCAACUCUGUACUAUCGGUGGAGAACAAUGAAUAUGUGCAAGUUAGGAAUUGCUUGGUGGUCAUGACAAAGAUGGCGCCAUGCUUCCCACUGCUGAAGGACUUGGUGGAAAGCGUUGAAAAAAUGGUGGAGAAGCUUCGUGACAGCGAAAAAGGGAAACGAGACGAGUUGUCGUUGAAAGCGGCCAGCUAUUUGGUGAGAUUAAAAAUGCGAAAUGUGACAAUAUAUGAAGGAUUGCAAUUCCACCGCCCUAUCGUUAAACACGCGUCGAAACUGGCUCCUGCAGCUGAUCGGAAGCGCAUUGCCACGGCGACGCUUCCUCUUGAUGCGAAAAAGAAAAUUAGAACAGAAAAACCUAAGCUGCCAGAGAAGAAGGAGCCGCAACUGAAAAUUCCUGAGCGAAAAGAGCCGCUAAAAGUCGAGAAACGCGAGAAGAAGGACGAGGUUCCACCAACGAAAGAUGUGAAGAAAGAAGUUCCAGAACGAGAAGAAGGCGAAGUUCCGCCGAGCCCUCCACAUAAAAAACCCCGAGCGCAAUCAGCUGACAAAUCGGCGAAUGGUGUCUCAAAAGAACGCAAAGAACCUGUUCCUGUCAAAGAAGUUAAGGAGGAAAAACGAGAGUCUAAGGAAAUAAAAGAGAAACGCGAAGAAGAUCGAAAGGAAAUAAGAACAAAAGAAAAGCGUGACCCAACACCGUCAAAGAAUGCAGAACCGGCUAAAGAACCAGAAACUCCAAGGAGAAAGGAACGGGGUCUUGAUGAUGAUGAAGUUGGACCAGCUCUUCCACCGUCAAUGAGGGAGGAACGGGCAGAUGACCGUAGUAAACGUGAUCAAAAAGCGCACAAGCGGUCUGCUAGAGAAGAGGAGCAGAAUGGGCAUUCAAAGGUACCACGUAAGGAGCGUGAACAGAUUGAAUCUAGACUAUCCCGUCCAGUGUCACAUGAGCGGAGAGGUCCAUCACCAACAAGUCGAGAAAAAGACAGACGAGAUGAGAAGAAGGAUCGAAGGAAGGAUAGUAAACCUGUUCGAAAAUAG